GGUCGCUGGGGUCACGCAGAGCUAGACGAUCAGCCGGGACCAUGGAGCCCGUGUCGCUGCAGGACUUCGUGCGGGGCUUGGACCCCGCCUCCUUGCCGCGCGUGCUGCAAGUCUACUCCGGAGUCUACUUUGAGGGCUCUGUCUACGAGAUCUGUGGGAAUGAGUGCUGCCUGUCCACAGGAGACCUCAUGAAGGUCAUACAGGUUCGCCUGCAGAAAGUGGUCUGUAAGAACCCAGACACGGGUCAGACGUUGGAGCUGCCCCCCAACUUCCAGGGCUACUUCAGACCUCUUUCUAUCUCAAAGAGCUACGGGACCCUGCAAGAGCUGGUCUCUGCCACAGCUCAGAGCACCACAGGGCUGCCUCUUUGCUUCAUGUCCACGCGGAGCAUUGUCACAAAGGCCAGGGAGGUGCCCGAAGAGCAGCCCCUCGUGCUUGAGGGCAUGGAAAUGCACCAUGGGACCCGCUAUGCACGCUGCAGCUUGGGCUCUGAGGUCCAGCAGGUCAUCGUGCACCUGCCCCUAACCCAGGAAGGGCCUUUCUGGACAUGGGAGCCUGGUAGCCCCCAAACUCUGCUCCAGAUCCUGCAAGACCCAGCCCUGAAGGACCUCAAGCUCACCUGCCCUGCCCUCCCGUGGCACUCUGUGGUCCUGAGGCCUGAGUAUGAGGUCCAAGCCAUCAUGCACAUGCGCAAGACCGUGGUCAGGAUUCCCUCCACCCUGGAGGUCGAGGUCCAGGACGUCACUGCCUCCUCCCAGCAUGUCCACUUCAUCAAACCACUGCUGCUGAGCGAGGUCCUGGCCCAGGGAGGCCCCUUUCCCCUGCUCACGGAGAUCCUGGAAGCCCCGGAGGGGCCCCCCAUCUUCCUCAGCCCAUGGGUGGGCUCCCUGCGGAAGGGCCAGAGGCUCUGCAUCUACGGCUUGGCCUCUCCUCCCUGGCGGGUCCUGGCCUCCAGCAAGGGCCGGAAGGUGCCCCGGCACUUCAUGGUCUCGGGAGCCUACCAGGGGAAGCUGCGGCGGCGGCCCCGGGAGUUCCCCACGGCUUAUGACCUCCUGGGUGCGCUGCAGCCUGGGCAGCACCUCCGGGUUGUGGUGACGAAGGACUGUGACGAGGGGGACGAGGACCCUGCGUUCCCCUCCUUGGCUAUAGGCGACCGGCUGGAGGUGUUGGGGCCCGGCCAGAUCCUUGGAACCCAAGGACAGGACAUAGAUGUCUUGAUGUGCGUGCGGCUGAGCGAGGAGGCCGAGGAGGAGGAGGAAGAACCCGGGGAAGUGGAAGAGCACCAGGAGCAGGUUCUGCUGCCCCUCUACCUCCCCUGCGGCCUGGUGGAGGAGAUGAACGACGGCCGGCGCUACAGCCUCGCAGAUCUGACUCACCAGCUGUCCCUGCCCUGUGAGGUCAAGGUAGUGAGCAAGGACCCUGGCCAUCCUGCUGACCCUCUGUCUUCCUUCCCUGGCCUGCGAUUGGAAGAGAAGAUCACAGAGCCCUUCUUAGUGGUGGGCCUCGCCUCCCAGCCAGGAACAGUCUUUGAGAUUCCGCCCCGGUGGCUGGACCUGACUGUGGUGGAGGCCGAAGACCAGCCAGGUCAGCUGGCCACGUCUCUCCCUCUGGCCACAGUGGAAGAGCUGUCCGAAACCUUCUACUACAGCCUCCGGAAGUUACCUGCCAGUGGGAGCCAGGCCCCCCCACCGAGGCCCCCCAAAAGCCAAGGCCUAGGGGAGCAGAGGAGACAGAGCUUCAAGGAGCAAAAUGCCAAGGUGCGUCCUCCGAAGCAGGACCCUGGUGUGCACAGCUCUUCUCACCACGCCCCCAAGUCCCCGCUGCCGCCCAGACCAAAGAGUAAGACUUUGCCACAGGCCUCCAGGAAUUUAUACAGCAAGGUAUCUCUUCACAUGGGCUUCAAGUCCACAAAGGCCCAAAAAGAGGAUCCAGCACUGGAGAUUGAACCGAAGGGGUCACCCAUAGCAGGCAGGCACUCUGCCUCUGCCCCACAUCCCUGGCCUGGCCUGGACCCUUACAUAGAUAUGGAUGAACAUGACUAUGAAGAAGUAGUGGAGCAUUUUCGGAAAACCAUCUAGGCCCUGGAGGAGCCGAGUUCCCCAACCACUGCUUCUCCAGGAUUCAGGAUACCAGACAACCCAUAGGAGCCGCUGAAAGACCGGGGUGAAUCUCACAGCGAUCAGACUCAAAUGUGGAAAGGAACUGAAAUAGGGUGGACACUGCACUGGCUUCCUGUGGGUUCUAGGUUCCUGAUACGGGUGUGGGGGCUGGUACGUUGGGGCCCAGCAUCUUGCACAUGACUCCCUCGGCCUCAGAGCUCCAGUGUCCAGAGCAGCCUGCUGGGUUCUACUCAAUCUCAAAUUGCUACUGCUGUCCCAGUGGUGGACACAGAGAUUGCAAAGGCCAUGAACCCCAGUGCCAGCUGCCUUUUGUAUAGGAGAUUUGCACCUGAUCACAUGGUGCUGAGAGCCCACUCUGGCCCCUCGCCUGCUCCUGCCUUCCUGGCUCUAAGCGCCUAGGAGACCUGGGCUGUCUCCUUAUCCUCGUCUUAGUCACUCAGAACAUGACCAGCACUCUGUAAAUGGGACUCACACACAUGAAUGGGGAAUUUGGCUUCAGGAGCAAACUUUUAGGGCCUUGUACAGGAAAAGCUGGUGCUGGAACUCAGGGAGCCAAUUCACAAGGGGCCUCAUGAAGACCCAGAGCCGAAGGGACUGGCAGGUUUCUUCAGGUGGUGCCAAGAUCUUAAUAAAACUGCGAGGGACUACCCGAGAGUGUGCUUUUCCAAAGCAGUGGAAUAAAGAUGUCUGAGCUUCUGUCUGAUUAUCAUUUAAA